CAGACACCGAUCGAUUCUUUGACGUCGAGAAUAAUGUCAGUUGAUGGUCGAUACUAACUGAUUAUAGUUUUUCAAACGAGAAUUGCAGUUCGAUAUCGAAGAUACUUCGAUCCGGGUCGAUUACUGGUAACAAAUAGCGGCAAAAUUUGUUUUUUAUUAUUAUUAUAUUUAUUUAAAGUUGACCAUAAAAAAUAAAGACAAUGAAGUUCCUAAGAUAAGUGCACUUCAAACAAUGUUCCAAGAUUCCUCCAUUUUGUUCACAUGCACAAGUGUAUAAUUUAUCAUCAAAUUUUUAUGAACAAUUCUGCGAGUGGUUAAAUAAUUGAUUCAAUUUACUUUGAAUUUUAAUUUAUUUUGAUAAAUAAUAAAUCAUGAAUAGUCACAGGCCACCCGUUUUAAAAGCUAUCAUAUCAACAAGUAAAGAACCAGAAGAAAAAAAUGAUGUCCACUUAUCAUUAUCCAAAAUAAUGGAGGAAAAACAUACAUAUAUUUAUAAAAAACUUGUCGUUCCAAUGUCUAUGAGAAGUAUUUAUUGGAAAUUUUUUGGUUUUCCGGCUACUGAUGAUGGUGAUAUUUUAACUAGGCUAAAAAUUGUUUGCAUUCUCUGUAAAACACAAAUCGCCUAUAAUAGAAAUACAAGUAAUUUACGAAUGCAUUUACAAAAUAAACAUUCUCAAGAAUUAAUGGAAUUAGAAUCGUCUAAGCCAUCAAAAAAAGACUAUGUUGCCCAAGAUGCUAAGGAAAAAAGAGCAGCAAAGAAAUUGCUCAAAGCUACUUCCCAUAUUUAUACGACGAAUAUUGAUGGAACUGUUCAAAUUGACAGUGAUUUACAAUUCGUCACUGAUCCAAAUGUGAGUUUAUCUAACAUAGAAGAUGAUAUCAACAUAGACCAACCAAUUAAAGUAACAUCGAAAGCUGAGUCUAGUAAAGAUAAUCAGAUUGCUUAUGUAAUGACGGAUGACAGUAAUUUACAAACAAGUAUCGAUGAAAAAACAGUCUCAGAUGCUAUUACAGAAUUCAUUAUAAUUGAUAUGCAAUUACCAGAAAUAGUCGAAGGGAGAGGGUUUCAAAGAUUGAUAGCUACUCUUAAAUCUCCUUGUGAAAUUCCUAGCAAGCAUAAAUUAGAAGAAGAAAUUAUUCCUAAAGUUUAUGAUACAUUUAGAGAAUCAGUCGCUACAAACUUAAGUUGCAUAAAUACUGAAAUGGGGUUGACUAUUGAAGAAUGGAAAUCUAAUUCUGAUGAAAACUUUGUCACAAUUUCUAUUUAUUAUCAAAUUCCUGGAGAAACGACUCUUGAUACAAAAAUAUUGAGCACGAUUCAUGCACCUCUUGAUUGGGGUGAACAUCAGUGGGGAAGUGUAAUUGACAAUUUAUUAUUAGAUUGGGAUUUAAGGAUAGAAAAAAUUACUGCAGUUGUUGUAGCAACAGCAAGAUCUGAAAUAAUAAAUGCUUUGACGAGUAGAAGUUUAACAGUGAUUCCUUGUUUAUUAUAUACAUUACAAGUUUGUGCUCAAGCUUGUUUUGAUAAUCCUGAAGUUUCUGCUCUUUUAGCUAAGUGUAGAUCAAUCGUUGGAAUUAUCACAGGUAAUGGACCAGCUGCUACUCUGAUCAUGCAAGAGCAGAUGAUGGAGCUGGACGAAAGCGUAUUAAUGAUCGAUUAUCCUAUGGUUUGGAUGUCGACUUAUGGAAUGCUAGAGCAAAUGGUCUUGAAAAAAAAUAUUAUUAACACCGUUAUAGAUUCUAUUGAAGGAGUAAAUCAUGAAUGUAUAGAGCUAAAUGCAGACCACUGGAAGAUGAUUGAAGAUAUUGUUGCAGUUCUUGAGCCUUUCAAAGUAACCAUAAUGACUCUGAGUGAAGAAAAAAUACCUAUUAUUUCUCUUUUAAAACCUCUUCUGUGGCAGCUUGUUUCUUCUCAUUUAAAACCUAAAGACUCAGAUAGUGAAUUGGCAAGGUCUUUUAAGGAAUCAUUGUCAGAUAUGCUUGUAGAACGUUAUGCUGAUCAUUCUGUUACUUUAUUACUACAGAUUGCAACUUCUUUAGAUCCAAGAUUUAAACAAUUGCCUUAUGCUACAGAUGAAGAUAAAAAUAUGGCUUCAAAACCUAUAAAAGAAAUGCUGGUUAAAGUAAUUGAAGAAGAAGGUUGCGAACCUAUAGAGAUCAAACAAGAAAACGAACAACCUAGUAAAAAAAUUAGAUUAUCAGGCAUGGAAUUACUUUUGGGUAGUCUUUAUCCAACAAAAAAUUCAAUGCCUGCUGAAGAAAAGGUAGAUCUAGAAUUGGUCCAAUAUCAAUCAGAACCAACAGCACCAUUAGCUUUUUGUCCUCUUCAAUGGUGGGCUAAAAUGUCUGCAAAAUGUCCAAAUUUAAGUAAAUUAGCCAGACGAUAUAAUUGUGUGCCAGCAUGUUGUGCACCACCUUCAAGAAUUUCUCCUGAGGCACAGAUUCUUUAUGACACUCGAAGAGCAGCUUUACCUUCUCACCUUGUUGAUAAAAUGCUAUUUUUACAUGGUAACCAUACUGUCUAAGUUGAAUAAUGACUGAAAAGAGAACAAUUAGAAUUUUUAAAGUUUUUGAUGAGCUGUGAAGUUUUCAGUCACAAAUGAGUGAGUCGAUUUAUUUAUUGAAAAUUAAGUUAUUUGACAUUUUGAGAAAACUAGUAAUGUAUAUUAUUUUUUGUAAAAAGUGUAUAAAAAUAAUUAUUUUUUACUUCUAUCUAAACUAAAA